AUGGUAUACACGAGAAGAAGGUCUUGUUACAAGUGUGGCAAUGUGGGUCACUUUGCAACAGCUUGUGAAGAGGCAGAAAGACUUUGUUACAACUGCAAGCAACCAGGCCAUCUGAGCAGUGAAUGCACCGAGCCCAAGCUCAUUCAACCCAAGACAUGCUACAACUGUAGAGAAGUUGGCCAUCUCAUUGCUGACUGUCCCAAUCCUGCAGUGCCCACUACCUAUGCCAAGAAGGAAAAGCAAUGCUUCAAUUGCCAGCAAUAUGGCCACAUUGCAAGAGACUGUACAAAUGAAUCCCAACCUCGUCAGGCUGCUGAACCAAAGCAGCUUCGAUUCAAGCAAGUCAUUUGCCACAACUGUGGAGGCAUUAACCACUAUGCAAAGGAUUGUCUGGCCAGUGGCAUUGUCUGCUACAACUGCAAGAAGCAUGGUCAUAUUGCUCGUGAAUGUCCUUUAGCGGCUUUGUCUGUUCAGCCGAAUGCUGUUCACGCCGCCGACAGACCUGUCAAAACAUGUUACAACUGUGGCAAGUCUGGCCACAUUGCGCGCAACUGCCCCAUCGCCAAGAGAGAGAGAGACGAGGAGACUGACGAGACUGAUAACGAGACGGGUGAUGAGGAUGACGACGGGGAUGAGGAGGAAACCACGGAUUCAGAGCUAUCCGGCACAGAGACUGAAUCUGAACAAGAACACACAGCUUAA